AUGGCAUCUGAAAAUAUCCAGGAAGUUGACUCCAAUUUGAUCGAAUCCAACUACGACAAUGUCAGAGCUAUCUUGCCAAUCACUGAGGGUAGAGAUGUUCUUGCCCAGGCCCAAUCUGGUACCGGUAAGACCGCUACUUUCACCAUUUCCGCAUUGCAAAGAAUCGACGAGAAGCUGAAGAAGACCCAAGCAUUGAUUCUCGCCCCAACAAGAGAAUUGGCUUUGCAAAUUCAAAAGGUCGUUCUGGCCAUUGGUAUGCACUUGGAUCUGACCGUUCAUGCUUCUAUCGGUGGUAAGGCUGUCCAAGAGGAUAUGGAGGCCCUUAGAAACGGUGCACAAAUUGUCGUUGGUACCCCAGGUAGAGUUUACGACAUGAUCGAGAGAGGUUACUUCAAGACUGAUGCCAUCAAGAUGUUCAUCAUGGAUGAGGCUGAUGAGAUGUUAUCGUCUGGUUUCAAAGAGCAAAUCUACAACGUGUUCCGUUUCCUGCCAACCACUACCCAGGUUGUGCUGCUUUCCGCUACCAUGCCUCAAGAUGUUCUGGAGGUCACUACCAAGUUCAUGAGAAACCCAGUCAGAAUUCUUGUCAAGAAGGAUGAGCUGACUCUGGAAGGUAUCAAGCAGUUCUACAUCGAUGUCGAUGAGGAACAAUACAAAUUCGACUGUCUGUGUGACUUGUACGACUCUAUCUCUGUCACCCAGGCCGUUAUAUUCUGUAACACCAGAAGAAAGGUCGAAACCCUCACCCAACAGUUGACUGAGAACAACUUCACUGUUUCUGCUAUCCACUCCGACUUGAGUCAGCAAGAUAGAGACACCAUCAUGAACGAGUUCAGAACCGGCUCUUCCAGAAUUCUGAUUUCUACCGACUUGCUGGCCAGAGGUAUUGAUGUUCAGCAGGUUUCGUUGGUUAUCAACUACGACUUGCCAUCCAACAAAGAAAACUACAUCCACAGAAUCGGUAGAGGUGGUAGAUUUGGUAGAAAGGGUGUUGCCAUCAACUUGAUCACCAGAGAGGACACUGAGAUGCUCAGAGAAAUCGAGAUGUUCUACUCCACUCAAAUUGUUGAAAUGCCUUCAAGCAUUAAUGACUUGUUCGACUGA